AUGGCGGAGUUGGUUAGUGUAGAGGACUUCAUAAAUGAUACACUUAAAGACAUUCAGUCCCCCUCACAUUCCGAAUUCAGUUCCAAGAUCUCUUCUAUUCGGCAGACUGUAUAUUACCUGGAUGAGGGUCUGAACGCUGACAGAGCUCUUAUUGCUAAGUCGCGCAAAUUUGUCAAGGGUGUUGUUGGAGCAGGAAUAGCCUAUGUUGAUGCAAUCCUAGCACUUUGUGAUCACCUUGAGAAUCUUGGGCAGUUUGCGCAAUUGGACAACAACAAUGGAAGUGAUUUAACUCCUGGAUUUUGGAAAUUUUCAGUUAUUCACCGUGAUCUAGGAAAUAUGUUUCGGCAUUUGAUGCAGAAUCUGAAUAGCAUUUUGGUCUUCCCGAUGGAGAUAUUUCUUCAGGGAGAUUUGAAAAGCGAUCUCAAAAAACCAUUCGACAAGUCUCUGAAGGAAUAUGAGUACAAGUACUCCUUCUUGGAACAGUGCGAUGCUAUUGCUCUUGUUGCGGUAGCACCGCCUAGUCUCUUGAACUUGGAUCAGCUUCUAAGUGACAAGUUGAAGAAGGAAAAACUUCAAGCAAUGAAGGAGACGGGUUUAUACACACCGGAGUCUUUCACGGUGGAGAUGGCGGAGAAUCUGGAGAAGGAACGUCGACGUCUUCAAUUGGAGGUUUGUGAGUACUUCAUCAAAGUGAACGAAGUGAAGUCGAAAAAGGGCUCCGAUUUUCUGCAACACCUGGUCGACUUUUACCAUGCGCACUUACACUAUCUGAGAGAGAGCUUAGGGGUGAUGGAGCACUUCGGCAAAACCUUGCCUGAUUUAGCCAGCAGCAUCAGUGGCCUGCAGAAACAGCACGACAGCCAGAAACGCCAACUAGUGGAUACGCGAGAGGCCGUAAGAAAACUCAUCGAGAAGGAGUCGGUCCAACCGGUGAACAGCGGUUACCUGGGGGCACAGGCCUUGCCGCUGAACCUUGCCUACGGGAAGCGGAAAAGUGGUUUUCUGUUGAAGAAGUCGGACAGCAAGGUGAUAAAGCGGUUGUGGCAGCGACGUCGUGUGUGUGUCGGCGAGAACGGUGAGUUCUGCCUCUAUCAUGCGGAUGAAACGAAACCUCCGGUGCGAUUGUCACUGCUGACCUGUCAGCUGAAACUUCCUCCCACUCCAAACACUGAUCAAUCUUCCACCGUAACGGCUACUACUGCUGCCUCCAUCGAGACGGCACCGACGAUGAUGGAGGCGUCUGAUUCCACCGUUUUAUCUACCAGCGCCACCGCAGCCACCAACAGUAACAAACGCUCCUUCUUCCUCGUCUCUAACAAUCGAACCUAUCAAUUCCAGGCUGAAGAUGACAAGGAUUUUGAGGAGUGGACCAACGUAUUGUCCAACGCCAUGCAAGCGGCAUUCAACGAGGCCAUGCACCAUCCCGAUUGGAAAUCGAGGAGGGAGAUUCCCCAAUCCACCCUCUGCGAUCUUGACAUGUCCAAUUCCAUGCACCAUCAUGGCCAUCAGCAUCAUAGUCGUGAGAGCAGUCUUAAUGGCAGUGAUACCGAUCUACUAGAAUCCCACUUCAGUCACGGAGUGGGUUCGCGUUCCUCACACUCCUCCACAGUUGGUUCGGACGAGGCGGCAACGGUGACGUUUUUUAAUGGGCUAUCUGGUGCUCAACUGCACCACAGCAUUCAGCAUGUCAUGCGUACCAAAGUGCCUGGCAACCGUGUGUGUGCCGACUGCAAUCGACCCGAUCCAGAGUGGGUGAGUGUGAACCUGGGCGUGCUGAUUUGUCUGGAGUGCUGUGGCACCCAUCGCGAGUUGGGUGUGCAGUACUCGCGCACGCAGUCCCUCCUCAUGGAUGAUCUCAGCGCUGCGCAGCUGCUGCUGCCCCGAUUCAUCGGCAACCGGCUCUUUAAUGAAGUUUACGAAUCUGCCCUAGUCGAUGGCGUCAAGCCCACUCCCGAUUCAGAUAGUGCCAGCCGACGCGCGUACAUCCGUUCGAAGUACCUCGAGCACAAAUUCACUAUGGGUGGCAGCAUAAUUAACAGACGACAUGUGCGACAAGGAAGCUACGGAGACGAUGAUGACGACCGUCAAGACGAUCGGUUUUUGCGUCGCCAAUUACUUAUUGCAAUCCGCAACGCUGAUCUCCGCGCUUUGCUUCAGGUCCAUGCGGAGGGCGUUGAUUUGACAGCACCGCUGGAUGUCGAUUGCGAAGCCGAUGUUGGAGGAGCGGAGAAGGAGUUGGUAGAAGGCGAUACGACACUCCACGUGGCGAUUGCGUCAGCGGCGACAAGUACAAAAUCCUGCGAGGCCUCUUCGUCUAACACUUCCCUCGCUUUCGUGCAGUUCAUCCUGCAGAACGCGCCUUCAUCAGCAGUCAUUCUCCAACGCGCCAACGCGGCAGGUGAGACAGCUCUUCACUACGCCGCAAAGUUUGCUCUCCCCGACUUUCUUCGGCUGCUCCUCGGCGCCGGUGUCAGCGGCAGUGGUGGUGUCGGUUGGGGCGCUCUUCCAACUACGAUGCUCACCGCAGUCAACAAGUUGAAGCAGACCCCGUUGGACGUCAUUGAGGCGCGUCUGUCAACAUCAUCUUCGUCCAUCAACGCUGAGGUGGAGGCGUUGCGUCGGUGCGAGCACCUCCUUCAGUUGGCGAUGGAUGCUUCCACUGCAGCCACUGACACUGCGUCUGGCGUCGAUUGUGCGCCUCCAGCUUUUCUGACUUCCACUUCGCCGGCGUCUAUGACAACGAGGGAACUAGCAGCGCGGAAACGGCUCUUGGAGGCAUUGGAUGAUCUUGAAAGCGUGAGGUGGGACGCUUUUGAUUCUCGUCCUCUCUCGGUCACCUCUGCGGCCGUUAAUACUUUUCUGAAGCAAGGUGACUCGUUUCAAGAUGAGGAUGCGACGGAUGAGGAGGAUGGGCUAACCAGAGCCUUUCGUGAAACUCUGGCAGGAGCUUUCAAACUCUCCGAUUCAUCCUUCUCCCGAUCACCACCGCUCACAUUCUCGUCGCGAGACCAGUGGCGCAUGGAUAACGGCAACAGUAGCUGCCGUCGCCCCAACCACCGAUUGUCCAAACGCGCAGAUACCUCGGCUGCUGCUUUGGCUACCCUGCCACGUAAGAAGGGGCCCGCGCCCCAGCCCCCUCUUGUCGAGAAUGCCUGCUUCUCCUUCUCCGAUACACGGUCCUCGCGAACCCUUGCGUCGCCGUUGCGUGCGCCUUCAUCCCCACUUGCCUCGGACCACAUCGAGGUGUUGCUGGACGUGUUGGAGGAGCAUCCUGGUACCGGUGUGGAAUCAUCUCCUCCUCCACUUCCUCCCACUUCCACUGCUGCAGCCCCUCCCAUCGCAGUUGCCAGCGCUACUGCUGACAGCGGUGGAGGAAAAAGCGUCACCAAUGAGCCUCCAGCUGCGUUGCGGCAUCAACGUGCUGUUGCACUUUACGACUGCGAUGCGGAGAACCCCGAUGAACUGACCUUCAGACGAUCUGAAGUUAUUGUGGUGGUAAAAGAUGUGGAGGUCAACUGCCUCUAUGUCCAUGGGCGUGGGUGCAUGCGAAUUGACGGCUUAGCAGCCAGGAAUGAUGCCAUAGACGAUGACAUGACGCCAUUGCGUAGUCAGAAUAGUACCCUACGGGUCCUGGGAAUCAAUUUCAACCUUUGA